AUGAGCCCUCCAGUUUACGAUAAAUCCCAUCGGCAUGUCCCGGCAUCCCCUCUACCCCUCCAAGCCAUCAACCGCACCACGAGCCAUCAUUUUAUAAAGACCUCCUCCAAGCUCAUCCUCAACCGUUGUGAAGAACGCUAUCACCGUCAUCUCAGAUUGAACUUCUUUUGUUUACCCUUCAUCUUGCCGUUGAUCCCCCGCAUCCCAUUAAAGAAGCCGCACAUUCGAUCGUGGAAGAUCUUGAAGAUUGAUUCUUCUAGCGAUUAG